AUGAGAAACAGGCCCUCAUUUAGAUGUUACGCAUUUGAAGAAAGGCAGAAAAAUCGCAAGUGGAUAUCCCAGUUAGAUUUAAUCUUGAAUGUAGAAGAAGAAGAAUAUUUGGAGCCGACGAGAGACGUUCUUAUUGUACUUGUUGUGCACGCAACCGACGUUUAUCCUGAUCCUUAUUCGGAAGGACAUGAAAUUUAUCCAGGAUUUUCCUAUACAUUUGGAGUUCAAAAGAAAGCCAUUGAACUUUUACCUCGUCCAUAUAAAACGAAUUGCACCGAUUACCAUAGCUUGGAAUGGGAGCAUAAUAAUCCAAGAAUGUCAAAUACAAGGGUGUGCACGGCGAAAUGUUCUCAAUCGAUUCAGUUAAAGCAAUGUAAUUACAUCACGGACGAAUUAAGUUUAUUUUUUGAUGAUGUUCCAUGGAAGGAUGGAGAGAAAGAUGAAAAUAAGAUUCGAUGUGCAAAAAAAGUUGCAAAUGAUACCAAAGAAUAUUGUCGAGCACUUUGCAGAGUGCCUUGUCGGCAAACUUCUUACGACGUCGAUUCAGAUACAACACUUUGGCCACGACCUAAACAGGUAACUGAAAUAGAUCAAUUGGGAAGCUGGAGGAAUAGAACAUACGAAGAUAUAACCAAUAACGUUGCAAGAAUUCGAAUCUUUUAUUCAAGUAUGGAUUAUACAAUAUACAAGCAUACACCUAUAAUAGAAUCAUUGGAACUCUUCAGCCAUAUUGGAGGAUUAAUCGGUAUUUGGUUAGGGACGUCGUUAAUUGCAGUUUGUGAAUUCUUCCAAAAAUUAAUAUCAGUCCUUUGUUACGUCGCUCAGAAAAAACAGAAAACUAAAGGAAAAUUUAGAAAAGUUAGUCAUUUUAAUCGCGUUGUCCCUUUACCAAUUCGUAAAGAAAGAAGUAUACAAUUGAACAAUAAUAAUCAUAAAAGAGAAAGGCCUAGGUGGUACCUGGCUACGAUUGAUUAG